UGGGUGCGUAGUCGUACAGGCGUUACGUAGAACUGUACAUAUCGUAUAAUGCUUGUCUAGCAAUGACUAUCCAUUCACUCCAGGGAAACUGAACGGCUUGUCGAUUGUAAUCCGUUACUUGUACAUUGAGGUGACUGUGAGUACUAGUGAUCUGUGUUGUCAGGAGGCAGGUGAUUGGCCGUGACAUGCCCCUGUUUAGCAGAUCUCAGAAGGGCCCCUUGGAGCUGGUGAAGGCUCUGAGGGACUCCCUGAAUGACUUGGUCAAGGAGCAAGACAAACAGAAGCAGGACAAGGGAGAGAAAAAGGCCAGCAAGGCCUCUGAAGAUGUAACAAAGAACCUGGGUGCUAUAAAAAAUAUGUUGUAUGGAACUCAGGAGCAGGACCCCCAGACAGAGUUGGUGGCUCAGCUAGCCCAGGAAAUGUACAACACAAACAUGUUAUAUCAACUCAUACAGAACCUCAAUAGGAUAGACUUUGAGGGCCGUAAAGACGUGGGUGCUAUUUUUAACAACUUACUCCGCAGGCAGAUUGGUACCAGAAGUCCAACUGUGGAAUACAUCUGUUGUAAACCAGAAAUACUGUUUGAACUCAUGAGAGGGUUUGAGACUCAGGAGAUUGCCCUGAACUGUGGCAACAUGUUGAGAGAGUGCUGCAGAUACGAGGCUCUGGCUAAGAUCAUGCUGAACUCACCACAGUUCUAUGACUUCUUCCGCUAUGUUGAAUUGUCCACCUUUGACAUAGCAUCUGAUGCCUUUGCCACGUUCAAGGAAUUGUUAACAAGACACAAAAUACUAUGUGCGGAAUUCCUUGAGGCAAACUAUGAUAAAGUAUUCCUAGCGUACCAGAAUCUCCUCAACUCUGACAACUAUGUCACUCGACGACAAGCGUUGAAGUUGUUAGGCGAGUUGCUGUUGGACAGACAUAACUUUACUACGAUGACAAAGUACAUAGGACACCCCGAGAACCUCAAGUUGAUGAUGAACAUGCUCCGAGAGAAAAGCAGGAACAUACAGUUUGAAGCUUUCCAUGUCUUCAAGGUAUUUGUGGCGAAUCCGAACAAGCCGAAACCCAUCCUGGACAUCUUGUUACGUAACAAAGAAAAACUGGUGGAGUUUCUAACCAACUUCCACACAGACCGAUCCGAAGAUGAACAAUUCAAUGAUGAGAAAGCAUAUCUUAUAAAACAGAUUAGGGAAUUAAAGUCCCUAGAUGAUUCUUAAUGCAAGGCCCAAAGGGAGUGAACUCCACUCUGAACUGUUGCGCCUCCCUAGUGAAGCUGAUGUCAAGGGCCUAAUGUUGUGAACUGUGGAGGGAGGAGCCUCUACUAGCUACUCUGCUGUACAUAAACCAGUGACGCUGCCUGUGUCAGGUAACCCAGGCAGACACUGCAUCCUGGACAGGACAGAAAGCGUAGUGUCUGUAAAUAUUAACUGUUUAAGCACCUGCAGCUGCCAAACAACUGGAUAUCUAUACUUACAUAUUAAACAUGUAAAUCAACAACCAAAUUCAGCUUUGGCCAGCCACCGUGCUUUAUUUCUUAUCCACAUGUGAUGCUACUAACUCCUGUGGAGUUACCUCCCCCGUUGUUGUCGAGUUGUCUCCCUUCGAAGUGGAGGCCUCCUUUUUCCUUCUGUUAAAUAUAAUGUGACAGUGCAACCUUAUAGCUCGAGUGACCUGAUAAUGUUGCCUCUUGCAAAAAGAACGCCUUUGACAGGUGAUUUAAGCUUGUCUACCUAUGUUUGUAUGUUUGUCAGUAUUGUGUAAGUGGUUUGAAUUUUUACAGAAUUAUUGUCCAAAAGUCCAAGCCUUGAUGCUCUUCAUGCCAAGCUACCUGUUCAUUCAAUUUGUAAAUUCUCUGUGACACCCAUGUCUUGUGGCAUAGAGGUAAUGUAUGUUGGGUUAAGUUACAGGUGACACUUGUAAUGAAAAUGUGAAAAUGUUAAUUAAGCGCUGUAGCUCUCAGUACUUGUAAUAAAUAUUUAUUAUUAUGUAAACCUGUAUAACUGGCAUUAUAUGUAUCCUCUCUCAGCAUGAGCAUGUGUACUUGUAUUAAUGCUACAACAGGAAAUAGCUCUGUAAACUUCACCUUUAACCUUUGUUUUAUCAAGUGCGUCAAAUGGAAUACACCCUUAUGCUGCACUGCAAGAAUGCCUGCACAACGUCACCGAGAUGCGUAAAUAGUACGUCACUACAGAUUGGCGCUGUACACAUUUACCUGCUUUGACACACAGUAUACAAACUUCUGACUCUGCUUGUUCUACACUGGUUAUUGUCAGUACUCAGGUUUACUACAUGUAGGAGACAAAGAGAUGUGAUUUAUUGAAAUAUGGAGAAAAGAAAGUAUGGCAGAUGGUUCUCCCUCAUGACAUUUCAUGCUUUGUUUGCCAAGCAUUAGUGAAACAUUUCUGAUGGAUUUUUUCACUGGGCCCAAUCAUGGGUUGUGUGUUUUGUAACAAGAUGAGUAUUCUUUGAUUGGAACUUUGAUUGGAUUGCAGUGCUACAUGUAUGUGUAACAAUGAGUGAUAUGGCUGGGUUGUCUUUGAAUAACACCUAACUUCUAGGCUUGCUAUGAUAGGUAUUGCUUCAGUAAGGCAUUUUACAGGGUAUUCAAAUUAAAAAGCAACUGACUGUGCUUGAAGUGAUCAAAACUGAAGAGUAUUACGUGGUACAGGCUAGUGUGUUGUAGUUGUUGGAUGUUGUGUAUCAUGUAGAGAAGCACAGUGCUGAACAUUGUAUGUACUCGUAUAUAUAUUCUAUUGGUUAUAGUAAUGGGCAGUUCAGAUAGAUAUGUGACAUUCAACAAAUGCAGAGCAGUGACAACCGUUAUGGCAGAAGAUGUGUACGGCCUCCCCACCUGCUGAGCAGGCUUAAUUGUACAAGAUUUGCACUCGGGAAUGCGAGAGGUAUUCGUAAGUGACUGAUGCGAAUCAGUUCAUGCGUUUGUAAGGGGUACGCAUUCAUCCCUUGUAUGUCAAAUGCUGUGGUAAUGCAUAUGUUACUGCUGUGUAUAUACAGUGUACAUUUAUCACAUGGUAUGUCACACUCUGUGCACAUAUUACUAUGGAUGUGUUACUUGCAAUAUCACAUUCUGUGCAUAUAUUACAUGUGAUUUCAAAUGCUCUGCAUAUAUGACAUGUAGUGCCAUAUGCUCUGCCUAUAUUACAUGCGAUAUCACAUGCUCUGCAUACUUUACGCAUAGUGUCACAUGCUGUGAAGAAAUGGAAUACUGUAGGUGGGAUUUUUCCCCUGGUGGGAUGUACAUGUUAGAGGGGAUGGGUUUCAGCAUAAGCAGUGUGGAGAGGCAUGCAAUAGGGGACAACAGGGCCUGGCUGCAUGAAACUUCCUGAGUGUGUUUACACGUUGUUUGGCUUGGGCAAAGAAGGUUGGACUGCACCAAAAAAAACUACUGUCUUAAGGAAAUUAUUGCUGUUAGGAAAUGUCAUGAAACGGAGCCCAGCAAACUGAAAAGACAAACGAUUCGAACAGCGGAUAAAGUAAAGACCUGAUAAGUUUACUAAAUAAUUUAGUGAGAGGUGAAGGCAUCUGAGCUUGUCGCUUUUGUAAAUGAGUGUACAACCUUACCAGGAGAAAGGAGGAAGGAAGCCACAUGUGACUUGGAUGGUACAUGUGCAUGUAUGUAUUUGUUGAGAUUUUAAUAUUAUUUUUGUUGUAGAUUCAGGGUGAUAGUACUUGGGAAUACUGCAAUCCAAGUAUAAGUUAAGAGCUAGUGAAGAUAUUACCCCAGUGUCCUCAGACACAGUUAUCCGUGGUGUAUUGCAUGCCCCUUUAAAAUGAUGUUUUGUUUUCUGCUUAGUGAUAAGCAAGUUCAGGGCAGUGGUGUUUAAAUUGUUUAGUUUCCUAAAAUUUUGCUGGUUGCUUAGGAAUGUAUUAAUAAUAUAACCCCAAAACCUGUCAUCCAGGAGCUCUUCUUUCCUAUGCUAAAGAAAACAAUAUGUCCUGCUCCGCACAUAAUUAUAGAAGUAAAGUACGCUUGUGUUUUUUUUUUUUUUUUU